GAGCUUCCUCUUGAAGGAUCUCGGUGUCAGGAAGGGAAUCAAAGCGGUGCAGUUACAAACCUGGUAAAGUUCCCGUAGGUGACUUUUGAACUGCGGAAAUGUUUGAGAGGAAAAGAGCUUUGGCAUAAUGUGCGAUCGCAGUAAAUCGAGGUAUCCUGGUGCCCAGCAGCGCUCUCUCCUUUGUGAUCUUUUCCUGUAGUCCACAAUUGUUUAGAGAGCGUUUGUCUUUACCGGCAGGGCCCUGACUUAGUCUCACAGUAUGAAGGAGAAAUUCGAGAUUUCUAGAAAUGUAGUUUUUCAAGGCGGCUUGGUGUUCCGAUUUCUCACCUUCCUCAGGCCGAGAUUCACCAUCAGGCCUUGUCACCAGCUCCUGCCUCUCCUAUGCACUGGACUCCGAAUACCUCAACUCUCAAUAGCUGGUACUCACUCCAGGCCCAGAGCCAUGGCCAUCUCCUCCUCUUCCUGGGAACUGCCCCUGGUGGCUGUGUGCCAGGUAACAUCGACACCAGAUAAACAGCAGAACUUUGAAACAUGUUCUGAACUGGUUCGAGAAGCUGCGAGACUGGGCGCCUGCCUGGCUUUUCUGCCAGAGGCAUUUGACUUCAUAGCAAGGGACACUACGGGGACUCUGCACCUGUCUGAGCCGCUGAGUGGGAACCUUUUGGAAAAAUACACCCAGCUUGCCAGGGAAUGUGGACUCUGGCUGUCCUUGGGUGGCUUCCAUGAGCGUGGCCAAGACUGGGAACAAACUCAGAAAAUCUACAAUUGUCAUGUGCUUCUGAACAACCAGGGGUCAAUAGUGGCCGCUUAUAGGAAGACACAUCUGUAUGAUGUAGAAAUUCCUGGGCAGGGGCCCAUGCACGAGAGCAACUCUACCAUGCCUGGGCCCCGCCUUGAGCCACCUGUCAGCACACCAGCUGGCAAGAUUGGUCUUGCUAUCUGCUAUGACAUGCGGUUCCCAGAACUCUCCCUGACACUGGCUCAGGCUGGAGCAGAAAUACUUACCUACCCUUCAGCUUUUGGAUCUGUUACAGGCCCAGCCCACUGGGAGGUGUUGCUGAGGGCCCGUGCCAUUGAAACCCAGUGCUAUGUAGUGGCAGCAGCACAGUGUGGCCGCCAUCAUGAAAAGCGAGCAAGUUACGGCCACAGCAUGGUGGUGGAUCCCUGGGGUACUGUGGUAGCCCGCUGCUCUGACGGACCGGGCCUCUGCCUCGCCCGAAUUGACCUCAACCAUCUGCGACAGUUACGCCAACACCUGCCUGUGUUCCAGCACCGCAGGCCUGACCUCUAUGGCAACCUGGGUCACCCACUACCUUAAACUUUUGGACUUCUGUGAGUUGAGAACCCCCCACCCCCACCCCCCAAUGUGAGCUGGUAUCACUGCCAAUCAAUGGGGCACAGAUCCCCUCACUAGAACCCCGACUCUUGAUGGAUGGGACACAGGCUCACCUUUCUGGAAAAGAAGAAACUUUCACCUGAGCUCAGAUUUCCAUUUCAAAAAGGUGGCAUUUUAUAGUCACUGUUUAUUUCAUGAAAACUGAAGUUACGUUGAGGGCUGAGUAUCACUGGCACUGAAAAAUGCAAACAAAAAGUAAUCAUCCUGUGUUUGGCUGUCUCCUUUGGGAGUUGGAAAGUGUGGUGGUAGUAUUAUGCCAACUGGACUGCUCUCUAGUUCUAGGCCUCCUGGCUCACUCAACUGACGUCCCGACCCAAAUCAAAGUGCAACGCUCAGUGCAUGUCCCAGUUCCAUUCCCAACCUGGGAGACGGGUAGAGAUGGGAAAGGGAAAAGAGGAAAGGAGUUGAUACUUAGUUACUUCACUUCCACCUCUGAGGCCCUUUGCCCAAGUCAAAAGAAAGCAAAGGGGAAAGGGCUGCAGGGUACUUUAGUUUAUUUUCACUUGAACAUGGAAGGAAGGUGGCACACUCCCCUUCCCCUUUUUAGGGGAGUGUAUUUCAAUCCGCCAUCUCAUCACCAUCCACUGUGUAUGUGCGUACAGAAACACAUGUCACAGUUGAAGGCGUGACAAGGCUGACCCAGUCCUCUCACCUAUUGCUCCCUUGAAGAGAGUUGCCAAGGGAGAAAGAAGGAGGAGCCAUCCCAGGCAGAAGUUUCAAGCCAUGGACUGGAGGAAAAGAGGCAGAGAGGAGCAGCACCAGAGGCCAGGAGAGACUGGAAAGGGUCACAGCUUGUUUUUUAAAAAUUCUGUAAUUUGGGAGAGGGUGGUGAUGAAUUUCCAAAGCACACUUCAGAGUCCCACCUGCCACAUAAUUCCCUUACUCACAGCCCUUUGGUUUGUCAAAUAAAAUUUAAGAGCCCUCAAUCAA